GUUGAAGGGGGCCUUUCAGCUGGCAUCAGCUGCGGGCUCAGGCAGGACGCGGCCAAUAGUGGGCCACCAAAAAGCUGGGGAGGAUAAUUGUAAGCAAUUCGGCUUAUGCGAGAUAUUUUGGAGCUGGCUUCGCCAUCCCUACCCUCUCUUCAUGCUGUCAUCGACAGCUACCCCCAAUUCCAGCAUCAUCCCAGCGCUGCAACGAUGGCAUCCCCUUCGGCUUCAUUGAGCCGCAUCCGCGCGCCCGUUCAACGCGCAAUCGCACAGUCUUCUGCUAUCGGCGCCAUCCGCCUCUAUGCCACUAUCCCUACGACCACGUCCGAGCCGUCUCCCUCGUCCGGCAAACCCCGCCGACCGACGUAUUUCAAAGACACGACGGUAGCCUCCUUCGACGAUUUCCUGCCCACCUCGUCCGCCGCGUCGCCGCUGCCCCCCAGCGACGCCUACCAGCUGCGCACCGCCGAAGUCGGCCCCGCCUCCAACCGACGCACCAUCACCCGGCUGCCCGAGUGGCUCAAGACGCCCAUCCCGGCCGGGAACGCCAACUACAGCAAGAUCAAGGCGGACCUGCGGGGCCUCAACCUGCACACCGUCUGCGAGGAGGCCCGCUGCCCCAACAUCUCCGAGUGCUGGGGCGGCAGCAACAAGAACGCCGCCACGGCCACCAUCAUGCUCAUGGGCGACACGUGCACGCGCGGGUGCCGCUUCUGCAGCGUCAAGACGAACCGCAAGCCGGCGCCGCUGGACCCGCACGAGCCCGAGCACACGGCGGAGGCGCUGGCGCGGUGGGGCCUCGGGUACGUGGUGCUGACGAGCGUGGACCGCGACGACCUGGCGGACGGGGGCGCGCGGCACUUCGCGGAGACGAUCCGGCGGAUCAAGGCGAAGAAGCCGAGCCUGCUGGUGGAGGCGCUGACGGGCGACUUCCUCGGCGACCUGGACAUGGUCGGGCUGGUGGCCGCGAGCGGGCUCGACGUGUACGCGCACAACGUGGAGACGGUCGAGGGGCUGACGCCGUACGUGCGCGACCGCCGGGCCACGUUCCGCCAGAGCCUCGCCGUGCUCGAGCACGCCAAGAAGGUCCGCGGCCCCGCCGGCGUCGUCACCAAGACCAGCCUGAUGCUCGGCCUCGGCGAGCGGGAGCGCGAGGUCGCCGACGCCCUCAAGGAGCUGCGCGACGUCGGCGUCGACGUCGUCACCUUCGGCCAGUACAUGCGCCCCACCAAGCGCCACCUCCAGGUCGACAGGUACGUCACCCCCGACGAGUUCGAGAUGUGGCGCCGCCGCGCGCUCGACAUGGGCUUCCUCUACGUCGCCAGCGGGCCCCUCGUCAGGAGCAGCUACAAGGCCGGCGAGGCCUUCAUCGAGAACGUGCUGAGGAAGCGGGCCGGGGAGAAGGGCCGAGCCGGCGUCGACGGCAAGCUCGGAGAGACCAUCGCCAUCGAGCAGGCGAUGAAGAGCGAGGGGGUCUGAGAGAGAGCACUGCUCUCUGGGCUCUCCA